AGCUGCUGCACUUCCCCGAGGAGGUGGCGCUCAGGUUGACGGAAAGCGAGUACCAGCUAUUUUACCAGGUACCACCGCACGAGUACUUAAGGCACGUGGCACAGGAUCAGACCACGUUGCAGAAACCACCUGCCAGGCCACCCCCGUCGCCGAGUCGCAGCUGCAGCAACCCCAGCACCACUAACAGCUCGACCCAAACCGAGGACGAAUCCUCCUGGUCUGUCGCCACGGUGUACUCCACCGUGCAGAUCCUCAUCGAUCGUUUUAAUGAGGUAAGCUCAUGGAUCACCCACGCGAUCACCAGCGGUGCCACGAUAGAAGAACGGCAGGCGGUGCUGUCCUGUCUUCUACGCGUCGCACUAACCUGUUGGAAUACUGGAAACUUUAAUUCAGCUAUGGAGAUAAUUGCCGGUCUGAAGUCCAAUAAGCUGAAGCCGUUUUGGCACAGCGUAAAUGAGCCCAUACCGGUCAUGGAAUAUCUCUCCUCCGCCCUUUUGUCUUCCGAAUACGAGCGUGCGCUUGGUCGCGCUCUCGCGAUGCCGGAAUGCCCGGUGGUGCCAUUCUUCGGGGCCUUCCUGCGUGAGCUGCGGGAAGUUAUCGCGUGCGAAACAAAGCCCCAACCCGAUUUCAAGGAAAAUCGCGAGUCACCACGUGGUAGCGUUAAGGAGAGCGAACCUCAAGAACAUGUGCCUUCCUCUGCGCCGGCCGCCAGAAUCGCCGUCGAGAGUAACACAGAGACACCGUCAGGAUGGAGUUCGAGGAGCACCUCCUUGAACAAACCGGAAAACCCCAUUACAGUCCAUGAUACAAACUCCGUUCUCGACAAAGUCGCACUGUUCCACAAACAUCGACAUGCUCGUGGCAGAGAUGCGACUACUGGUUCCCUUCAUCAUACCUUAAGCGUUCAUACGACUGCGAUCGAGCAAACCUACAUGGCGGAGGAAUGUGACGAGAAUGACUAUCAUCUUGAUUUGGACUCCUACAAGCCCGUGCAGCCGCUCAAAAUCGACCACGGAGUUGCUUUGUUUCCCGUUGCAGCGCCACACACUGGCAUGGAUCUUCAUCUUCUGCAGGUGCUGCAUCAUGGCACGACUUUAGUGCAUUGGGACUGUGAGAGUGGUACCUCGAGGACAGCAUUGGUAUUUGCGCGUGUCGAUCGCGCCUGUAGCACCUUCGUGUGGGAAAAGCCACCCUGGAGUCCCCUGAAAACGGCGCAAGUUGGUGGUACCGCUUUCACAGAGUUUUCGCUGAGCGCGAAUCCGGAGGACGCGAUACCAGCGGGCCUAGUUGGCAGAUAUACGCAGCAGCAGGCUGACUGCGCUUCUGUCACUUUAGAAGAGGGAUACCUUGACCUGGGAUCGGUGAAGGAGAUAAUGAUUGGCUGUUGCGACCGCGAUCGAGAGGCUGAUCUCAGGAGCAUCUGCAAGAGAUAUGGCCUACCUGGCUCCGACUGCUGCAUCGGCCUCAUGUAUGGCUCCAAUCUUCCGGAUAAUCGACUGAUCUUCCUACUUUGUCCUCCCGCUCUUAGCAAAAUAUGGUAUAUGGGAUUGUGCUGGAUAUUGCGAGGCCUCAAACGUCAACAACAGUUAACAGAUCGUAGAUCACGCUGGUUGAAAGAAAAAUAUCUUCAAUUGUACUUUUCCUAUUUGGAACAGCCGAUGGAAGGUUUGGAACAGCCGACGACAGCCGAUGCUAUUCGCGUUUUUGGCGGUCGUGACUGGUCUAUGACAGAAAGUAUCGGCACGCUGUCACCAACGAGCAGUAGCACUCUACGAAGACGAAAUGUUAAAGGCAAAAAGACAAAAUCAAUUGGCAACAUUCAUGCUUUAACUAAGGAUUUGAGUAUAAAACAGUACGAUUCCUCCUCUUCGGAUGGAGGAUUAUGUGCAACACCUUUACGUCAUAUCGCGGGAAGCAGAGAGUCCUUAACGAGAAUCCUACCAGCGUCGCCGAGAGCAAGUCGUGACCGAAUCCCGCCACGUAGCCCGCCCGGUUCCGGCGACCGUUUCACUUCCAACUUGCCUUACUCCGCAUUUCAAAGUUUGCUGUGUGUCGCCAGGGAAAAAGAUAAGAACGGAUCCGGUGGAAUACCGGGAGGCUUGGAAGCCCCUUGGCAGAUGAAAGCGCGCACUACUUCGAUCAUGUACGAGACUCAAUUGAACUUUGUGGAAUUUGUCGCACUUUUUCGAUCGUUCAGCUUACGAGCCAGGAAAGAUUUGCGUGAUUUGUUUGGUCAAUUAGCGAUUACGUGUCGUAGCCAAAGUGAUGGAUCGUUAAGAGACUUUAAUAUUCGACCGGUGGUGCUCAGACAGACUAGCGAUGCCACUCCACAAAGAAUCGGUUUGUUGACGAGAAACAAUUCUAUUGACUGUCACGAAUAUAAGACGGGCAGUAACUUGCAAAAGAAACAGAUCUUCGAUGCCAUCGCGGCGGCAAGUAUAGUCAAUAAUUGUUCCGGCGUGGACACAUCGAAAUCUCAAGUCAUCACUUUGGCGACAUUCACGAAAUUCUUGGAAUCCCGGCAGCAGGAAAAGUUGAGCGACGAGGAGAUCAAGGCAUUGGUCAAGAGGCACGAACCAGACCCGGCACUUCGCACACAGUGGUGUUUGUCUUUCGAGGGUUUUGCGCGGUAUAUGAUGGACAAGGACAAUUAUGCCUUUCCAAACGAGUAUGCGACACCGUCCGAAACCGAGAUGCAGCAGCCUCUAUCGCAAUAUUACAUUGCCAGCUCUCACAACACAUAUUUGACUGGGCAUCAGCUCAAAGGAGAGUCCUCUGUGCAACUAUAUUCGCAGGUUCUCUUAACUGGUUGUCGCUGCGUGGAACUCGAUUGUUGGGAUGGUGAUGAUGGAUCCCCGUUGAUUUAUCACGGCCAUACUUUCACUACCAAAAUACCAUUCCGCUCGGUCGUGGAAGCGAUUGAUCGAAGCGCUUUUGUUAUCUCCCCUUAUCCCGUAAUCCUUUCCAUUGAGAACCACUGUUCGCCAAGUCAGCAAGCUCGCAUGGCUCAGAUCUUUCAGUCUGUUUUUGGUGAAAAAUUGGUAACGAAGUUUCUCUUCGAGUCCGACUUUAGUGAUGAUCCCCAACUGCCUUCGCCUUCACAGCUGCGUUAUCGAAUCUUGAUAAAAAAUAAGAAGCUGGUAGUUGAUCCUGCUGGUCCCUUAUCACACACGCCACUCAGUCAUCGUGGAAAAAUGCUCAUGUCGGAUCGCGCAUCCUCCAUGAAGCAAAUGCGAACCGACGUGAGCAGCACAUCGGUUGUUGAAUAUUUCAGCGAAGAUGAAGAUGAUGAAGAGGACGAUGAUGAAGAUGAUAACAUUGAUGAUAACUCGAUUUCAAGCUAUGAGAGAUACCAAGGUGGCAAUCAAGUACCGCAUGGUCGUUUGAAAUCGGACUCAGGAGUGGAUGAUAAAUCACAGAAACAGAGCAGUCAAAUAGCCAAAGAAUUAUCGGAUUUAGUCAUUUAUUUGCAAGCAAUUAAAUUCCGCGGACUGAAUACCACACCAGUCGUCAUGGGAAAAAUACGUCAUCAAUCAUAUACGGGGCCAGUUCAAAGGCACAGCAUCGCUGGUAUAGGACCUAGUAGCGUAGCUUCUUCAUCCGGAUCGCCACAAUCACUCUCGACAUCCGCCUCAAUCGCGAGCGGUGGUAGCAACAUCGAUAAUAUUUUUAGAUCUACUCGUGGAAUGCCGGCCUGCUUCCAAUGUUCGUCUCUAAAUGAGAGCACAGCGAAGAAGAUUUGUAGGAAGCAACCGUUGGGCGUAUUGGCUCAUGCAGAGACUCAACUCAUUCGAACGUAUCCCGCGGGGAUGCGUAUUGAUUCUACAAAUUUUAAUCCUGUAAUAUUUUGGGCUUUCGGAAUCCAAAUGGUCGCAUUAAAUUAUCAGACCGAUGACGCGGGAUUAAAUCUGAAUGCAGCCAUGUUCGAGCAAAGUGGUCAAUGCGGUUACGUUAGGAAACCUUCGGUAAUGUGGGACAAAGGACACAUGAUGUACAGACGGUUCAACCCUUGGGAUAAAGAAUUCGACGGAUUGCACUCUGCGCAUUUGAGUCUGUCAAUAGUCUCAGGACAAUACGUUUCGGUUACAAACUUCGUCACCAGUACGUACGUCGAGGUUGAAUUGGUCGGUAUACCGAUCGACUGCGCAAAGCACAAAACAAAAGUGAUCCAGAAUAAUGCACUGAAUCCCAUUUGGAACGAGAAAUUCUGCUUUCAAGUUAUGUUCAAGGAUCUCGCCUUUCUGCGUUUCGGUGUCAUCGAAGCGAGCUCUCAUCAUGUAAUCGCGCAACGUGUAAUACCGCUAAAGUGUCUACGACCUGGCUAUCGACACGUACGAUUACGAUCCUGCAAGAACAAGCCACUAGCUCUUUCCACGCUUUUUAUCUAUUCUCGGUUGGAGGAAGAGAGCUUGGAUUAUAACACGUGUUGCCGCGAUCACAAGGAGUCAUCUAAGCGUCUCUCAUCAAGCAAGGAACCUGAGAAAUUAAGUACCGUCGAUCCUGGAUCUUUGGGUGGCGUCACUCUGAAGAGACGAAUGUUCUUCCUGAUGGUUUACCAUGUGAUACCAGAUGAGCCAUAUACCAUCCUGAAAGUGACUCAGGAGAGUACUACGCAAGAAGUGAUGCUGCAAGCAUUGCAGAAGGCCGGAAUUUCGCCGGAUCACGUGGACGAGUACAUCCUAGUAGAGGAAGUAUCCCGUGGAUGGGAGAAAAGAGAUAAGGAAGAACUGCCAACUCAACGUGUGUUGGAUCCUACGGAACAUCCUCUUCAGGCACAGGCUUUAUGGAAAGGACAAGGACGCUUCCUGCUAAAACGAGUGGGCGACGAUCCAAGCAGUAGAGCAUGGCUCGCUUCUAUCAGAAGCACGGCCGGCCACUCGAAACUCAAUGAUUCCAACACGAGGGACCAAUCUACUCACAUAUGGGAUGAAGCAGAUACUUUUCUGGUCUGUAUUUAUAACGUCUCGCCGGAAAUCCCUUAUGCGAUUUUACGCGUGCCGAUAAGCAGCUCAGCGCAGGACGUGCUGGCGCAAGCUCUGAUAAAAGCCAGAAGAAUGGAAAAUCCAUCUAAAUUUGCUUUGGUCGAGGAGUUGGAAUGGGGUGGAGCGGGUGCCGUCGGGAGCGGAAAUCGUCAACUAAGGGUGUUGAGCGAUGAGGAGAAUGUUUACACCACGCAAGCUUUUUGGAAGACCCUCGGUAGAUUUAUCCUUAGAGAAAGAGAACAGGCCAUUCCCAGACGAACUUUAUUGCCCGCAACUCUUGAUCGACUCAGCAAGGGAUUUUCUGUGGGCAGAUCAGUGUCUCUGCCAGGAUCUAGCAAGGAGAAGGUACCCGUUUCGGAAGCAUUAUCAGAUCCCACUUCUAGAGGUCUGAGACAUCGGCUGAUGAUGUCGGGACGUAGACGAGAAGUUCAUUCUGAUGGGGAAGAUACGCGUGAAUCUGACAUAUUAAACGCUGCUUUUCAUUUAAAGAAGGUCUCAUUCAGAAAACUGAUGAGCUGGAAAUCAUAGUGGCAAUCAAGGGCGACGUCGAUAUCAUCGAUCUUCGCCGCUCGGAGAAGCCACUUGUAAGCUUGUGGUCCAUUUAUUAUAAUCAGAAUCUAAUCCUGAUCUCAUGAAACAUUUUCGAUAUCGACGAUCCUGUCGAAGUGCGACCUUAAACCGAAAUAAGAGCUUGAGAGGAUCAAAAGAUUUCAUUUUGUCGGAAGUAAAUACAAUACAAGCGUCAUGGAUGCUCGUAAAAGUUACAAAUUAGUAAAUCUUGGAAUUGGAUAAUAAGAUAAAUGAUCAGAACAGUAAAAUAUCCAUAUCGCGAUAUUAAAAAAUAUCAGACAACUCGAUUUUGCUAUUGAUCAGAUGACGAUGACGUUAUACGAGAAGAAAUAUGACUUUUAAAAUAAAAAAAAUUAGUUUCUUUAGAGUAUAAUUCUUUGGAAAAUAUAACGGUUUAGAAAAUAAAUUGACAUUCUUAAAUUCUAUUACGCGAUUAUCUCCGUGAUAUUUAAGCGAAAUAUCAGACAAAUGAAAUAAUCAUAAUCGCUGUAAGAAGUAACCUCGACGAAUCGAAUUUUCCCAAGAAAAAUGAAUAAUAUCGAGAUGGAGAUUAUUACGCCGCCAUUUUCAAAGAUUUUUAAAAGUAUAGUAUAUCUGAAGUAACGACGCAGCACAAUCAUUAAGUGGCAAAGCGAAUCUUAAAUCCCUCUAAGUUUGCAUGAAAACCAAGCAUCAUAUUCUAGGUGUUGAUUUCGUCGCGUGACAGUAAAUUCGUAUAUUUAGAGUCGAUGCCGUGAACUGCCGCGUCCGAUAGACGCGCUGGCGCGUCGAAAAAAAGAAAUUAAAUGCCACGUGUCAUGUCUGAUUUUAUUAUUUUUGUACAACGAAGAAAAGAAGGAGAUCGCAUCGGGCGAUCUUUAAACAUUUUGCCAAACGACGAGUCUAAGUGAUCCGUGACACAUUCGUAAUAUCUAGACGUAUCGGAAGUGCUUCCCCAUUUGAACGUGUUUUCGUUUGAAACAUAUCGGACCCGCCUCCGUCUAAUUGAUAUACCGUACAUCUAAAGAAGUCCCGCGGCUUCACGUGACUUCUCAUCAUUUGUAUGUGUCGGUUUUAUCAUUUACGUCGUACCUGAAGUUUUACAUUGAUACAAGUAUUACGCUUUCGUGCGACAUCUCUGUAAUAGAGUUGUAUAUCGCUGUUAUUGCACUUUGUUUGUUCGUUCUAUUAACGUUAAUCAUUUCUUUUUGCGUCUAGUCGCCCAUGUGAUAAAGAAUUUGAGUAUAGAAUCCAAUGAGAGAAUCGUAAUGUAUAUUGGAAGUUGCUACUUAAAGAUCGUAUUUACUAUAUAUUGUUAACGCUAGAGGGUAGAUCGGUGUUGCAUUCUCGAUUACCGUCCCUCUCUCCUGACUGUUUUAGCGAGCGUAUGUAUACGUAGAUUGUAAAUACGAGACCAAGGAGUGUCGAUGGAAAAUCGCGUCCGAAUCGCGUGCUGUCGCUCUAUUCAAUUAUUUUUUCACAUGACAAGGCGUUCGUGCGUCGACGAACUUCGUUCGUUGUGUACACUUGAAGCCAGUAGCCUAAUUUUAUGAAAAUUUUAUGAUAAUUUCGCUAACGUUAAUUAAUUAACUAAUGAGAAGUAAUAUGGAAUCUGAUAUCGUUAAUGAAUGAGGUCGCAAGAUAGCCUUGCCCCGUCUUCCACAUGCGAAUCAUUCCAGAUAUUUUAUAUUUUCGUGACAGCCCCGCAGACUGAUUUUUUAGGCGAAUCCAUAUAGUUGUACGACAUGAAAACGUUGGGAUUUUUUAAUGCUGUGAGAAAAAUAUAUGCAGUACAUUAGUCAUAUCCUUCCCUGAUAUCGUACUUUGCGACACUAAAGAUUCUGUAUAUUUUUGGAUACCAUUUCCUUUCUUAUCUUCCAACUCUCCUAAAUACAAAAUUACAUAUCCGCAUGAGAGAUCAAACGAGUAAAAUAAACAAGAUAAGAAAUGAGAGGCAGACUAAUUACAUUUGUAUGCAUAUACUAAAAUAAAAAAAAAAUAAAAAUAAAAAAAUAAAAGAAAAAAUACGAUGAAAUAACUUCUCUAAAAAGAAGAUAUAGAUUAGUCUGAAAGUGAUCAUCUGUCGCUUGUGAAAAGAAUGAUAAAAAUACUUCAAUUGAAUCACGACAGUCUUAAGGUGAAA